GACCAAGGUUUGUUCGUUCAGUUCAAAAAAACAAGAAAGAAAAAAAGCUGACAAAAAUUGGCCGAGCUUUUGUGAGGGAUAGAGUGGUAGAGGUUUCGCGUUGGUGGGGGAUAGAUGAUUUAGAUGGUCUGCUAAAUUUGGGAUACUAAAUCUGGCAACCUUUGAAGGAUUGAGGGCAAGGUCAUACCUGAAGCAACCCGUAACCGAGGACGACGAGGAGGAGUGCAGGCCUUGGCGUCGCAGGCUAUCAAUGGCGGUGACAUGGGCCUCCGUCUUCAGGAUCGCCCUUCUCCUCCUCCUUUUGGUAGCCAUUUCCAUUGCUUGCUAUACUCUUCCCAUCGAGAAGAUAUUGAAAGAUUUCCUACUAUGGAUUCAACUCCAUCUAGGAAGUUGGGGUCCACUUGUUUUGGCCGUUGCUUACAUCCCUCUAACAGUUCUGGCAGUUCCAGCUUCAGUACUCACGCUUGGAGGGGGUUAUCUCUUUGGGUUACCCAUUGGCUUUGUUGCUGAUUCAAUUGGUGCUACUGUUGGUGCUAUAGCUGCAUUCCUUCUUGGUAAAACAAUUGGGAGGUCUUAUGUUAUCUCUAAGUUAAAGAAUUAUCCACAGUUUCAGGCAGUUGGAAUUGCAAUUCAGCGAUCUGGAUUCAAGAUUUCGUUGCUGCUUCGGCUUGCUCCCUUAAUUCCAUUUAACAUGUUGAAUUACCUUCUAUCUGUGACCCCUAUCGGGAUAGGAGAGUACAUUCUAUCUACCUGGUUGGGAAUGAUGCCUAUUACACUUGCAUUGGUUUAUAUUGGAACAACUCUCAAAGAUAUUUCAGAUGUAACGCAUGGAUGGGGCGAGAUUUCAACAACUCGUUGGGUGUUUAUUGUACUGAGUUUUGUUGUCUCCGUAUUGCUGAUGAUAUGCGUUACCAAAGUCGCGAAGGCAUCAUUGGACAAAGCCCUUGCUGAAAACAUGGAUGUAGAUGGAGUCUUAGCCUCGCCACAGCUGCCCACAGCAGCUGAUGCACCCUUGGAUCUUCAGCAGCCUCUUAUAAUCACGAUAGACCCUUCAGAAGAUAAUCAUGAAAAGUGAAACCCCUUUCCCAUGUAAAUUCUCUCCCCAUCUUCAUUGUUUGUGUCCUAUAUCAAUUUGCUUAGAUUUGAAUCUUCAAAGAAAAGAAGAAAGGAAGUGGCAGUUCUUUUUUUUUUUUGUACUUUUUCUUUUUAGAUUUUUUAUCCAGAGCAUUUGUGUGCAGCACCCUAUGCUUGCCAUUCUUGGACAAUGUAGUUCUUUCUGUGUUAAAAAUGUAUUUCUACAGAUAAAUACCCAAAUUUGUGGGGAAGGAGCAAGGAUAUGUGCUCUGAAGUGUAAAUUUUCCAGUUCAAUCAACAAAGAAACAUAAAUUUAGUCCAAA